ACCAAACUUACGUCCCACAAGUGACGUCGGCUGCCUCCUGUGAAAGUGUGUUGUUUAUACAGCAAGAGUGAUGCGAUCACAACAUCUUCUCUUAUUUAUGGCAGUGCAACAUAGUCAGUCUGCUCACUUUAAGACGUAGUGUGCUCUUUGUUUACGUACGUAUGUAACGGAAAUUUACUAAUACCAUUAUAAGCAAGUUUGAAGUGGCUAACUCUGCUAGCUGGCUAGCUAGCUCAGCUGUACACAGGCAUGUUCACAAAGCAGACCUAAGCACGGAACCUUGCGUCGUACGCUUGUUAACGUUAGACCACUUUGGGAAACUAUUCUGUGUGUGAGACAAUGCUGUGUCAAUGCAGUUUCCUCAAGACAGUACAGGAGUAACGUUAGUGGAAUGCGGUAGAGCCCACCUGCGACCAUGCUGAGCCGUCUGCAGGAGCUGAAGAAGGAAGAGGAGACUCUUCUGAAAAUCAAGGGAAUGCUGCAGGAUCAGCUCAACAGACUCAAGUUUGAAGAAGGAGCAUUGAGGUCCCUGAUCAACGCCCAGAACGCAGAAUGCACAGAGGACACACCCUCAGCCCAGGUGGACGUUCAUCCAGACGACGAGGAAGAAAUCAACCAGACAGCACUAGUCCUGGGAGCCCCGUUGGAUCAGAACAUGGAGGAAGAAGAGGAGGAUGAAAACGAAGAUGCAGACGAGGACGAAGAUGAUUUUGAUAACGACGAGCUUGAAAUGAUGCUGGAGGGGGAGGAGGGUUACGAGGACGAUGAUGAGAACUGUUACUGAAUUGCGAGCGAGCCGUCAGCCAAUCCCCCCCCCGAAAACAUCCUGCACAACAGGGGGGGUGGGCUGUCUUUGCACCCCUGGUCCAUAUGGUGAAGUUUAAGCUAUAGGAUGUGACCAGUCUGUAACGAGUAUAGCUCGUCUCACUGCUAGGAAUCUCUGUCCUUAUAUUGUAAGUUAAGCCAAGGCUUUCUAAUCGUAUCGGAGUUUGUUAAAGUAUCGUGGGCUUUGGACUGUGCAGUGUGAGGAUUAGCCUUUUCAAACCUUUUCCUUCCUAGUGAAAGUCAAGACAUUUUUAGUAUGAAACAGCAUUCAGCCCGAAUGUAAGAUGUAAGCUACCUUCCUUCAGUGCUUCUGUUCUGUAAAUAUUGUGACUUUUUGAGGGUAUGCCUAAUUUCAACAGGUCUUAGUAAACUGAGCACGGCAGUUUGAGUGGAUAUUAAACAAGGCAUGAAAAAAACUUUUCUUCUUCUUUUUUUUAUCAAUUCUCUUUGCCUUGUAAUGACUAUAGGUAUGAUGUUUUAGGAUAUCCAAUAACUCCACACAAACAGAAGACAUUGGACCUGUUUAGCUGUUUACAUUUCUCUGAAACCGCAUUGUCACUUUAGAAAUUGUACAUUUUGUUAACAUAGCGGUAAACAAACAGAACAUGUGAAAUAAAUAAAUAAAUAAAUGCAUCUUUUGAUAUUA